AUGGGCCAAGGCGAGGCUUUGCAAACCUUGCAGCGGACGGUCUGGAAUGCUCGACUGCCGUUAGAAAUCCGUCUGGCAGCAUCAGAGUGCCGGACUUUCAACACCUCCGACCCAUAUUUGACUGCGUAUCCACGUCUGUCUUAUUUGCCUCUUCUGCUCCCGCAGCUGCAUAAGUUCUUUUCGCCCGUUCUGAUCGCGGAUCCUGAAACAGUGUCCCCAUAUCACGGCUACUUCACUUUCGACGACGUGCCGCUCAAAUGGCAUCUUCCGCUGGGGCUCCUCUACGACGUCUACGUCCUGUCAACCCAAGAUGCCGGCCCCGAAAGCUCGGGUGCGGCCCCUCUUCCCUUCCAGCUGACGUUGCAUUUCACCCAAGGCUCCUCAGAGAAUCCCAGCCCUAUCCUGCCCGAUGCAACUCCCGUGGUUCUUCACGAUUCCUUUAUCAAUUCAGUCAAGGAAGCGGAUUUCUUGCGCUCAGGGACCGCCAAGCCCAUCAUGACGCUGUCCGCUCAGGAGAGCAAGGCUUUGUGGAAAUCAACCCAAGACAACGAUCUGCCGACAUUUUCCAAGAUCCACAAUUCUCUCGUGCCGGUCUCAGGCCAAAUCCGGAAUAUCCCAUUGCGAGUCUACCUCCCGUCUUCUCCUGAUCGUGAUCCUAGCAAGGCUCAAAUCAAGGUCAUUCAGUCACACGUCCCACCGUCCAUCAGUGCGACGACCACGCAAGCUACACCUGCUGCGUUGCGCAGUCCUUCUGGCGGUGGCCAGCCUCAGACGCUGGGAAAUGCACUGCAUCAAGUUCUACCUAGUAUUUUCCCAUCCAGAAGAACGACAAUGCUCGGUACUCCGCUUCUCCAUGGAGCGCCCGUUCCAAUGAGUGCUCAUCUGGAAGAGCUAUAUCGAUCAGCCUGUUAUGCAGAUGGUUGGCUAUCGAUUGUGGUGGCCAUGCGUGGUUAG